GUUCUGCGAUAGCAAACACCGGCGCCCUGUUUUAAUGCUCGCACACGGCACCCGGCCAGUCGACGUGUUCCUCCCACUCGUUUCCCACUCCACCACAAGGCUGCACGUUGUGCGGAUACCGGGAAGCCAAGGUUACACAGCGACUCCCCCCAAGGUGAUAAAUGGAGCCAUUCAAUCACAGAUUAAACAUCUACAUUGAAUCAUGGAUGGGGCCAAGAGACCAGCGGGUGAAGGGAUGGCUCCUGCUCGACAACUACCCCCCGACCUUGGCGCUGUCGCUGGCCUACCUGCUCAUCUUGUGGCUGGGGCCCAAGUUCAUGAGGGACCGCAAGCCGCUGUCCUGCCGACCCCUGCUGGUGGCCUACAACCUGGUCCUCACCGUGCUCUCCUUCUACAUGUUCUAUGAGCUGGUGGCCGCAGUGAGGAGUGGAGGGUACGACUUCUACUGCCAAGACACACACAGCGAUGACGAGACCGAUAACAAGAUCAUCCAUGUGCUCUGGUGGUACUACUUCUCCAAGCUCAUCGAGUUCAUGGACACCUUUUUCUUCAUCCUGCGGAAGAACAACCAUCAGAUCACGUUCCUCCACAUCUACCAUCACGCCAGCAUGCCCAACAUCUGGUGGUUCGUCAUGAACUGGGUGCCCUGUGGCCACUCGUACUUCGGGGCGGCCCUCAACAGCCUGAUCCAUGUGUUGAUGUACUCCUACUACGGCCUGUCCGCGGUGCCGGCCCUGCGGCCAUACCUCUGGUGGAAAAAGUACAUCACACAGGGACAACUGAUUCAGUUCUUCAUGACGAUGACCCAGACGCUGUGUGCCCUGGCGUGGCCCUGUAACUUCCCCCGGGGCUGGGUGUGGUUCCAGAUAGGAUACCUGGUGACCCUCAUCAUACUCUUCACCAACUUUUACAUUCAGACCUACAAGAAGCAGAAGGUGUCCCUUAAGAACGGCUCCUCAACGAACGGACACGCCAACGGAGUGUCCCACGUGGAACACUCUCUCCAUAAAAAGCUGAGGGUGGAUUAAUGUACAGUACCACGACCUCACCGAGCCCUUUGUUGUAGAGCAGCAGCUGUUCCGGGGACACGUGUAUAUAUCCCCGUUCAUACGAUGAACUUCAAAUAGUUUGGUAUCCACUUGGGAAAGUAAAAAUAGCGAUAGCCCCAGUUAUCCAGAGACUUUUACAUAUUUUUGCACAUAUUACCACUAAUGGUAUUACAUAAUGCUAUCAUAGCUGUACUUCCAGGACUGGUUUUAUCUGUGAGACAAUAGUUUCUACUCCAUAUAUUUAACACGCCUCCAUAGCCGAAUAGCUUGCUGGUUGACGAAGGGCCUCUCCCAGCCCUUCCUUGGUGCCCGUCGCUCACAAAGCCACACACUUGUCAUUCCCGUACCUUCUGUCUACAACGGUUCCGUGGAUCAAAGCACUAGAGCCGUCUGAGGCAGCCCGGAGAGAGCUCAACGCUAAGUUGAUUUGUCGAGUGACAUCCGGUAAUAAAAUCGAGAAUUAUCUUCCUAAUUAUAGAACAUUCUUUCUGGCCCUUCCCCUGUACUGGUUGUAGUACUACGUGUUCCCUCUAUAGUUGUGACUUGAUGUAUUUAUUAUGUACAAGAGCCACCUGGUUGGCCAGCGGUUUAACCCUGAGCGGAUGGGAUAUUAUUAAUGUACAGUCUAGUUUAGGAAUCCUUUAGAUUUUGUUUUUUAACUAUGUCUUACAUUUUUUUUUUUAACCUGGCUUGUGAAACGCUGACUUCUUGGCAGUCGGUGAUCGGUCUGAUCAGCAGGCCCGAAGCGCGAUGGCGCGGAUCUCAUACACUCGGUGGAAACGUCUGCCAGAGUUCUGAAUCCAAGACGAGCGUAGAAAACCCACACUCCUCCUGCUUGGCAUGCCAUGU